AUGAAGCUAAUAAAUUUACUGGUUCUGCUGUAUAUAAAGGUUAAUAGAGGUGAUAUUGAAAAAAGUCGUUUUGGUGCAACCAAAUCUAUUAAAACUACUUUAGAAAGAGAAGUUGAUGCUACAACCGAUGAUGAGGAACCAGGAACAGGUUAUAAUGUCACAGCGGUGGGAGUUGACAGUACUACGAUUAAUAUUGUUGGUGAUAGCCUCAUUAAUUACUUUGAAAGUCUCUUUGAAGCAACAUCGUUUCCAAGGAACUAUGGUAUGCCGAUACUUAAUAGGAAAGUGUUUCGAGGAGCGCGAGUUACAAUUAGGGAGCACCCGUACAUCGUUAGCAUUCGCAGACAGUUCUCUCAUUAUCUCACUGGCACUCUUCUUACCAAGAAUAUAAUUAUCACCGUCGCCCACCCAAUCUAUGAAGUGCCUAUCGCCGAUCUGCAAGUAGUGACGGGACAAAACUACAAUGACCGCGGCACUGUUCUUCAUACUGUCGUGCUGGUGCUUAUACAUGAGAACUUCACACCUAGUACUCUUGAAGCAGACAUAGCACUUCUUAUGAUCUACGAGGAAGUAGAUUACAGGUACGGUGUGAAGUACAUUAUGCUGGCUCCCCCAAGAUCAUCUAUAAACGGUGAAAUAGCGUUUGUGACGGGCUGGGGCCGAUGUGACAGAACGGAGAAAUUGAUAAAAUUUGGUAUGAUAUGUGCGGGUGUAGCGCGGUCAGAGGAUCUACUCUGUCCGUGCAUGGCUGUGCCUGGAGCACCCUUGGUAGUGGACGCCAACGUGGCUGGGAUCCUCUCCUGGGGCUUCGGCUGUGGCUACCUCCAAGACCGGCCCCUUGUUUAUACUAAUUUGGCUGUGUACCAGCCAUGGCUUAUCCACAAUGUUCCUAUUAUAACCAAAAUAGCAAAAAAGCACUUAGAGAGCAUAUUUGAAGCUACCAAAGCUUAUUUAUUAAGUCAGUGGCUUAACAAAACUAGGCUACGUUUACCUGACGUUGAGAAACCACAUUCUGACGAGAUUUCUCCAUUAGAGUUAGACACACAAUUGGCGAAGCUGGACGGCACAGUUUUUGACAUAAGAGAUUUUUUAUUCAAUUCUACAUAUAGGAAAAAAAAGGUUACUAUGCUUCGGGCAAUGAGGAAGCAUUUAGAAGCCCAGGUAAAAAUUGAAGCACAAGCAAAAGUGAAUAAAAAAAUGUUGAGAGUAAAUUCAUUUAUGAGCGACUCGGUGUUAAAUGAAUCGGGUUUAUCUCUUGCCAGUGGGGUUUUGACAGAAAAUGAAGUAUCAGAAGAGGAAUCCUCUAACGAAGAUCAAUAA